ACCAAAUAUGGAAAAUUCCCUCAAAUAUGUUGCUAGUGAGAGUUUUUCAUAUAGUUGGUUGUUAAAUGAAACUCCUCCUUCUCUUAAAUCCACCAUUCUUGAUGAUCAAGAUACAACAUUCUUGAAUUUUUCAAAGAGAUUCUUGGAAUUAGAAUCACAAAAUUUCAACUUUGAUAUCAAGCCUACUUUUUCUUUUGUUCAUGCUGAUGAAAUAUUUUCAGAUGGACAUAUUAUGCCUUUGUAUUUUGACAACAUAUCAAAGAUUGAAACAAUUUGUAACUUUGACACUUGUUCAAUUUCUUCAACUCCUCUUACACCCUUUUAUGCUACAAACAGAGGAAAACAGAGAAAAUCAUGUUGUAAAAUCUUGGUCAAGAGGUUAAAUUUUCUUUGGUUGUUUUGCAAGAGUUUAGGUAAUUCAAGAAAAGGUUCAAAAGUUGAUGAUUUUGAAAGAAAAGUUUUGGAAAUUGAUAGUAGAAAUUCACCUAUGAGAAGUCCAUCUCAUUGUAUAGAUAUGGAGAAUACAAUUUCUGACGCAAUUUUGCAUUGUAAGAGAUCAUUUGGUAUGUUAAAUGAUCUUUGUGAUUGAUGAUUCCGAGG